AUGCCUCCAUUUCCUUUACCCUUGGAGGGGCACGAAACUCCUGGGCCUGGCAUGAUAGCACAAACUCCAGGGCAGGGUUCUGUUCCACUCUCCCUCCUUAUGGAAUUUAUCAUUCAAAGAACUUAUCAUGAACUUGCAAUUCUGGCAGAUCUGUUGCCUCGAAAAACAGAUAUGGAAAGAAAAGUUGAGAUUGUCCAGUUCGCCACUCGUACACGAAAGCUGUUUGUUCGUCUUCUUGCCCUUGUGAAGUGGGCUGCCAGUGUAUCAAAAGUGGAAAGAUGUGCUGCAAUCACAGCCUUCCUGGACAAGCAGUCCUUGCUAUUCAUUGAAACUGCAGAUAUUCUGCAUCGUAUGUCCAAGGAGACUUUGUCCCAAGCACGACUUCCAAAUUUCCACAUUCCUGCUGCAGUGGAAGUACUCACACUGGGAACAUAUCUCAGGCUCCCUACUUGCAUUCGAGAUAGAAUCAUCCCUCAAGAUCCAAUCACACCAGAGGAGAAGAGACAAACUCUCCACCAAUUAAAUCAGAUCAUUCAGCAUCGUUUGGUAACCACAGAAUUGCCUGCCCAGAUGAGAGAUGCAAAAAUUGAGAAUGGUCGGGUGAGACUUGUGGUUGAACAUGAAUUUGAAGUAUCCCUCACACUAAUGGGAGAUGGACCUGAUAUCCCUUGGACCUUGCUGGAUAUUGAAAUCAUGGUUGAAGACAAGGAGACAGGAGAUGGGAAAGCUUUAGUUCAUUCUUUACAGAUUCAGUACAUUCAUCAAGUGCUGCAGGCACGACUCAUCAAUCACCCCAGACCACUUGUGGAACUAUAUAUGUGCAUGCAUGCCUUCUGUCAAUCUCUUCAGUUGGAAGUUUUACACACUCAAGCUCAGCGCCUCUGUCAGGAGCGGUUGGGGGACUUCAUCACAAUUGAUGAGUAUGUGACUGGAAAGUGCUUGACCAUUUCUUACUGGAAGGAAUUGGCUACAAAAUAUAGUUCUUCCCAAUUGAAGCAAGGGUACAAACUUACAGUGCAAGCUGAUCCUAAUGACUGUGCAAGGCCUCUUGUUGUUGUGCAUAUUCCUGCACUUACCUGUCAAGAAGCAGAAAUUGCUGAUCGAACCAUACAUAGUGAUGACCUAUCCAUAGAAAGAUUGCUAGUUCACACCAUCCAUGUGAGAAGUAAACUCCGUCUUUCUGAGCUGAAGCAAGAGUUUCAAGCAAGGGUUGGCCCUGAAGUUGACUGCCUCUUGCAUGGGCUCCCUGCUGUACUCAGUGUACCUGUUCUGAAUCCUUGUUUGAGAUCAGAGCAUCUGUUAAUUAGUGUUGAUACUCAUGGUGGAGUCCUUCUUGUUCAUGUCCCUCAGUUUGAAAAUCCAUUGACAAGUGAAAUACAACAGUGCCUCAAUGGGGAUAGAACACGAUUGGACUUCCUCUUGUCAGAGCUGAGGUUUUCAAUUGUUAUGUGCAGGAUUCAGAAAACAUUGGAACAUGUUCCUGCAUCUGUUCAUGAGAAGCUACCUCUGCUUUAUAGUCAGAACCAUAGGAUGCAUAAACUUGGCAGGCAUAAGGUCUUUAUCACUCUCCACAAGUAUCCCUCAUGCAUUUUGGUUGUUGAAGUUGAAGGAAAGGAAUCUUGUCCCUGUGAGAUGAGCUACAAGUAUUUCCUUGUUUUUGUAAAGCCUUGUUCUAUUGAAGAUGAUCCCAAAGAUGAUACUGUUGAGACGGAAUUGCCAAAGAUGUAUCUUAGAGUAUUAUCCAUGGUUGAACUAGACUCCUUCAUUACGAUUCAUGGGCCUUGUACUCGUGUGGAUGUUGGUGAUAUCCAUGAAAGGGUUCUUUCCAGUGCUCGAAAAAGACCUCACUUGACAGGAUCUCGCCAUGACAUGCCACUAGCAAAGAGAUCCAAACAUGGAGCAUACUUCAUCCCACAGAUAGCCCAUGUAGUGGCAUUAUGUGAUGAACGUCUUGCAUUCUCCUCCUUGGCACAUGAACUAACUAAGAAAGGACUGACACAUCAGGGUAUUCAAGUUGAAGGAAAAGGUUACUGCCUUUGGCUGCCCAUUAUGCAACUGCCCAGAAUUCCAGGAGUCUCUUCAGAUACACAUGCUCAGCUAGAAAAGAGCCUCAUAUCAAUGAGAAUCAGAAUGCAGUGCAGGAAUGUUAGGACAUGGGUGGCAGAAUGCCUAUUUGUGGAUCCUCCCAUUGCUACCACUUGUAGUCGAGAGAAAACCCCAACCAGGAUCAUUUACUUCCAGUAUGAUGUUCUCCCAAUAGAGCAGAUGUAUCACACUGUGGAUCUUCUCAUUUCUGAUUGGUCUCAAGUUGCACAUCUGUAUGAAGUAGUCUUUAAUCUUGCCAGGUAUCUUCAAACAGAAAAUUACAGCACUGGUGACAUCAUCUCAGUGAAGUCUUAUUCCUAUCGGAAGCUCACCAUCGCAUAUGGUCCACAAUUUGGGUGCUUGCUGUCUGUUUUUUGGCACCCUCAUGAGAAACAAUUCCAGCUCCAUUUUGGGACAUCAGGAGCCUGUGGGACAAGUAAUCCACACAUUAUAGUGGCAUCAGAACUUCAGAGCUAUUUCAACCGGGACAGAAACCUUGCUGCUGUCUGUCACAUUCUUCAUGAAACCUAUACUCCUCUCAGUUCUGUCUCCAAGCUUCCAACUGUGCCUCAGCUGGGAAUCUUGCAUUCCAGGCCCCAAGUACCUAUCCCUAUGUUUGCAAUCAUUCCUCAGACCCCAUUCCACAUUCGCAUUGUGUACUGUGGUAUGCAUUGCUUGGAUGUCCUGUUCAGAGGAGAAGGUCUGGUAGCUGUGCGGGAUGGAGCCCAUAGCCGCUUUAACAGAAGCAGACUUGUUGAAGAGCUCUCUCCAGCUCCUGGAUUGAAGACAUUCCUCAGCAAAUAUGUGGAUGAAAGUGCCUUAUUGCAUCACCAUGCACAGUCAGAGGAUGAUAAUCCUCCUUCACCAAUUUCAGCUUCAGAUGCAGUAGCAAGCUCUGCUCAAGGAGGAGGUGUAAGUGCAGAUUUCCUAUCACAUCCACCAAAGCCAGGAUCUCCAGCUGUGAAGGACACUGCAGGCAGUGGGCUUCGCUUUGGUUCUCAAAGCUCGGGAGCAACAGUUGGAUCAAACCCUCACACCCCAGCAAGCCCCCACACUGGUACCCUAUCUCAAUCAAGCCAGCAUCAUUCCAGCCCAGCCACAUCAUUUUCUCUUGCUUCUCCUCCAUCUUUGGGACCUCAAACAGUAAAUCCUUCUCCUUCCAUGCUUCCUCAUCCAUCUCCUUCUUCUCUCUUAAAUCCUUCAUCAUCCCCAUCGCCAUUUCCACAUGCUCCUUCUCCUUCUUCCUUCCUCCACCCAUCUCCUUCACCUCAUGCACCUGUGAGUCAAUCCCCUGCAUCCAGUCUCCUUGGACCUCAGGCAUCCCCAGCAAGUGCUCCACCCCAUUGGCCAGCUUCCCCAUCCAUGCCAAGGCCUUCACCAGCUCGGCCUGGGCAAAGUCCUGGGGGAUCUCUCAUCCCAUCAGUGAACACUUCCAGUCCCCAGUCCUGUGGAACACACAUUUCUAGAAUGCUUCCUCAAAGAUCUUGGGCAGGUGCUGUCCCAACACUUCUGAGUCAUGAAGCUUUUGAUGCACUAUGUACCCCAUGUUCAAUUGUUGAAGGAGGCCAUGAGAGAAAAGACAAACUGACUCCUCAAACCAGUCCUUGUGCUCCAGUGACAUCAUUCCUGGCUGCUACUAUGCUCAAAAAUCACUUCCGAAGGGUUCUUCAAUGUGAGAAGGAUGCAUUCACAGUUCUGUUACCAGCAGACCCUGGAAUUUUGCUUUUCAAAGUAGAAACACUUCAAUGUCGUCUGUCCUUGGAGCACAGAGAUCAAAUGUUGAGUCAGCUGAUCUUGAAAGUUUCUCCUACUCCAGAACACAUGGAUACAUGGAUGGCAGAAGAUCUUCAGGCCAUUGAGGAAUUCUUCAAUCUCAAGAUAGGUUCGAGAUGUCACUUAUCUCAUCCAAAUGCUGUUCAGGCCUUCUGCAACAUACUUGCUGCUCCUCUCACCAUUCUCAAAGAUUGCGUACAGGUGAUUAGGUUGGAACUCAGUCCCAUAGCACCUGGAGCCAAAUGGUCCCUCGAAUGGUGUUUAACAACUCCUCCAUCUGCUCCUCCCAUUGCCCCAGCUGGAAUGACAGCCACCAUACUCACCAGGAACAAGAUGUUAUUCUACAUCCAACUUACUCGCCUGGGCAUUCAACUCCCUCCUAACCAAGAACCUCAAACUGUUGUGAUUCCAGUCAUCUAUGAUAUUGCAGGGAACACCACAAAUAUGGCAGAUCGAAGAGAUACCACUAGUUCCACAUCUGCAAUCAUCAAUUCUUCAUUAAAGCGUUUCAGUGACUAUGGAGGUCUUCAACAUGGGGAAUGUAGCCUCUUUCCAUCAAUCAGAGAACUGGUGAAUAAUCUUGUGCUGCCCAUGAGUGAUGGGAGUUCUGGAGGAGGUGGAAAUAUUUCAGUGUCUCAGGCAAUGGGACCCCCUUUUACUGGACCUGGGAUUCCUCAGCAUUCCCAAGGUCAGCCACAAUGA